CGUCAUCACUCCGCGCCUGUGAGCAAAUGGCAUGCAGCCUGAACCCGCAUGAGUGUGGUAAACAUUAGACCUUUUCCUGGUAGCAAAUUAAAGUGAAAUGGCCCCCACAGAUCAGAAAAUGAAGAAUAAGAAGUUUACACCCAAAGAAGGAAACUGGAAUAAAUCUAAACACAACCAGCAGGGUGUGAAGCAGAAGAGGAAAUGGAUCCCUGAUCAAAAAGUGUAUGAAGGAAGUGUUAAGGAAGGUCAGGGGUUUGCUUUAAAGAGGAAGGAAAAGGUCAAACAUGAGUACAACAAGCUGCUGCGGAAGGAGAGGAGGAAACAACCAGAGUCCAAAGCUCUGUACAGGGAGGAGUACCCUGAACACCUCAAGCAUCUGUACAUGGCCGAGGCGCAGAAACUGAGGGACGAAGCCUGGACCAAUAGAAUGAACAGGAGUAAACUGAGAAUCAAAGGGCAGGAGAAAGAGGAAGAGAUGGGAGAAGCUGCUGCUGCUGCUGAUCCUGCUGCUGCUGAUGCUGCUGCUGCUGCUGCUGCUGAGCCAGAUCCAGAAGUUACUGGUGGAUCUGAGCAGACGGAUUCUGGCACUGGGAAUCCUGAACCAAGUGCAGCCACAGAUAAAGACGGUCUUCCGAUGAGCAACCGCAUGAGGAAAAAAGUGCUGAAGAAGACCUCCUACCAGAAGACAAAAGAGGACUUUGAGGCAAUCACAGAAAAACGGAGACAGAAGAAAGAGGAGUAUCAGAAAAACAGCCAGCAGCGAGAAGAAGCCAUUCAGAAGUACAAACAGAAAAAGAUGGACACGUUUCAGAUGCUGAGCAAAAAGACCAAGAAAGGACAGCCCAAUCUGAACCUCCAAAUGGAGUAUUUGCUUCAAAAGAUCACCCAAGGAACUGAAAAAUGACUCCCAAGACAGAGCUGAUACUGGAGAAUUAUUGGGAAAAGAAUGGACCUUUACUUUUAUUUGAUGAUAACCCAAGGACAAUCAAAGAUUUUGCUUUUCAUACAAAAUAAAUGCUGUUAUUUUUCAGUAUUUUGCCUCUGAAAAACAAAUAAAGAGGCUAAUUUUAAUCUCAGACCACAAGAUGGCGUUAUAAGACACAAAGAUAUGAGAAAACAUGCUCAUGUAUGACUUUUAUUUAUCAAUAAAUGUUUUAGCUUCCUGAAAA